AUGGCGGGGGGCUCCUCAACGCGAUCGUUGCAGCCGACGGCGGCGGGGGCGGACACCACGGACCUGCACUUCUGGCUGCAGUGGCGGGUGGCGGUGUGCGGGCUCUGGGUGCUCUGCUGCGUCGUGGCAGCGGCUUACCUCAUCUGGCGCCACGAGGGCCCCGGCGCGCACCGCCGCCCGGACGACGCCGGGAGCGACGGGAAGGAGCGGAGGAGGAGGCGGCCGGACGGGGUUAUGUACGACGAUGAGGCGUGGCGGCCGUGCCUCCGGGACAUCCACCCGGCAUGGCUCCUCGCGUACAGGCUCGGCUCCUUCAUCGCCCUCUUCAGCCUCCUCAUCGUCAUCGUCAUCUCCGACGGCGGCAGCAUCUUCUACUACUACACGCAGUGGACCUUCAUUCUGGUGACGAUUUACUUCGGGCUUGCCACGGCGCUGUCGAUCUACGGAUGCAGUAAAUUCGUCAACUGCAACGCCGUCGUGGCAGCGACAGACACUGAGCUGGGGCCUUACUCUGCCCACGGUGCCAUCACUAAACCGACCGCCGAUGAAGAAGACGACGGCACGAGAAAGAUCGCUGGAUUCUGGGGGUACUUGCUCCAGAUCAUCUACCAGACCAAUGCAGGAGCUGUGAUGCUUACGGAUUGUGUCUUUUGGUUCAUCAUUUUCCCCUUCCUAACCGUCAAAGAUUACAGUGUGAAUUUUUUACUAAUAGGAAUGCACUCGGUCAACGCUGUUUUCUUGCUCGGCGAAGCGUCCCUGAAUAGCAUGCGCUUCCCAUGGUUCCGGAUCGUGUAUUUCUUCCUCUGGACCGCACUUUACGUUGUUUUCCAGUGGAUUGUCCAUGCAUCAACUCCAAUCUGGUGGCCCUACCCCUUCCUCGACCUCUCAGCUAAUCUAGCGCCUUUGUGGUACUUUGCUGUUGCGUUUAUGCAAUUGCCGUGCUACGUGAUCUUCAGGCUGUUGAUGAACCUUAAACACAGCCUUCUCUCCAAACAUUUCCCAGAAUGCAGUAGUAAGAGAGUAGCAUCAUCGGAUGAGCAACCAUGCCGUAUUACUGCCCCGGUCGUCCAUUAAGAACAGUUUAUACAGAAAGGCAAUACAAAUUGGCAAGAAGAAGCAACCAAAUAAGGGUGGCUCUUCAGGGUGCCAAAUCAAUUGGAGCGUCUUUUAGUUGGUACACACCAAAAGAGGAAACCAACUUCACCAAGAUAAGAUGAAUGAUCUUGUGUAGCUGUGUUUGUGAUGUACAACUUCAAACUAAAAGAAAGACACAUGAGAAGGGGUGCCAAGGCUGCGCUUGAGUUCUAGGAUACUGAUCCGGAUGAUGAAUUGAUCACAGAUUAUAACGAUCCAG